CAGCAACGUAACGUGUUUUUCACCGGCCGCGGUUUCUGCGCCACCGUCACGGUUAUUUCCAGAUAAGCCGAGUUCCCUAAUUCAAUUAUAUUAACUAUUAUUUACGAAAUAUGGUUAUUAUACACACAAUUGCACAUGAUGGGUCUUAAUAUAGAAAUUAUAUUUCUUAUUUCAAACUUUUCAUUUUAUUUUAGGAAUUCACAUAAAUUUUUAUUCGUUAAUCGUGAUUUUGCAAAAUAGGGCGAUUCGAUGGUAUCGAGUUCAUCCUACCGCGCCGCGCCGCGCAAUGGCGAGAAGAUCUGCAACCGACCAACCGCCCACGAAAUAAUCGGAAUAAAAGGAACAAAAAGGGAAAAAAAUAAAGUUUGAUCGAAGAAGGGGAACAAGAUCGGAAUCCGGGGGUGGCAAGCGAGGGAUUAGAGGAGGAGAAAGAGUCAAGCAUGGAAGGAAUCGAGCAAAUCGAAUCCUCCUCCUCCAUCAAAGGAGAAACAUCGCAGGGUGGCGGGUGGUGCUCACUUUCUGAUUUUGUCCUGGUCAAUGCAAGCCGAGAAGGUCUAGAAACAACGCCUUUUCUCCCCAACCGCCCUUCCUUCCCCAUCCUCCCUUCUCUAUUUCUACCUUUCUCGUCUUUAUCGCCUCUUCUUUGCCAAUCAAUUAUUGUUUCCUUUUUUCUUGGUCCUGUGGGUGGAGGUCAGGAUGACGGUGAAGAAAAUGAGGAGGGUUGCCGAAGAGCCCUCGCCAUCCCCUUCGUAUAGAGAUGAUGCCAGGAGAAGAUUCAGAUUCCAAUCGCUCUCGCAAGAUUAUACGGAGUUUCUUGAGGAAACUGAAGAAAAGAAGAGGAGAUUGCUGGAGGCAAGACUAAGGAAACGUAAACUCUUUGCUGAAGCCAGAUUUUUGAGAAGGAAACUUGAGACCUUAUUUGCAAACCCGUAUCAGCAAGUUGGAUUGAAGGAACCGUCAAGUAAAACUCCAGUGAUCAAACCUCCUACAGAAAAGAAACCCAGAGUAUCUGAAGCUGCACGGACAAGUAACUACAGUAGAGAUAACUUGUAUGCCAAUGCAUCUCAGUAUCAGUUUAAAAAGAUGUCUCAGAAAAAGCCAACCAAAUCUCUCUGUGUCGCACAAUCUUCGGGUGUGUUAAUGGAAGCUGCAAAUGCUAGCACUUCCGCAACUCUAGGUGCGAAUGAAGUAUCGUUUAAGAAUGGGGAGGAACUGAACAAGUUUCAUUUGGAGCAGUAUCACAUACAAAUGGAAAGACUCAAUAGAGUGCCUAUGAUUGGAGGCUCAAAUGAGAUGUUAGCGAUUUGUAGAGAUCUUGGAAACAACUCAAAGAAGACCGGUAAGAGAAAACUCUCAUGGGGAGACCCACUGGUGUUGAAGGCUUGAAGGCUUGAUGGAGAGCACAUCUGUUUUACUAUCACUAAGAGUGGUUCGUCCAAGAAGCGAGUUUUCCUGUCAUUAAUCUAAAUGGUAGCUUCCAUUUGAAUUCUUUCAGUUUGAUUUAUAAAUGAAUUGUGUUCCGAUA